AUAAAAGAGGAGCACAGACAGCACAAGGCAAGAAGAAGAAGGAGGAAGCAGAGCAGAGAUCAUUGGAGGCCUCUUGGGAUAUCUGUAACAACAGACUCUCAGCAGUAAUGAACGCCAGCCCCCCUGCAGGAAGCGCCCUGGCCCCUGGUGGAGCCACCGGCCCCACCACACCCAAGAAGGGACCACCCAAGUUCAAGCAGAGGCAGACCCGUACAUUCAAGAGCAAGGCCCCCAAGCCCGGCCAGAAGGGCUUUGGCGAUGAUAUCCCCGGCAUGGAGGGUCUUGGCACUGACAUCACAGUGGUGUGCCCAUGGGAGGCCUUCGGUGACAUGGAGCUCAGCGACCUGGCCAAAUACGGCAUCAUCUAAGCUGCUGCCUCCUGCCUUCCUUGCCUCAUCAUACCUCUCCUCUCUGUAAUCCUCUCUGCCCAGCCUUCUCUCCACCUCAGCUCGGCAUGCCAGGAUAAGGCUGAUGCCAAACCUCUAAUGCCCUCUCGUCUGUCUACCUCAUGCUUCACUCCACUAAGUGGAGGGGAUGCAUCAGAAACUCUUAUUUUUGUAUUAUUAUUAUUAUUAUUAUGAUAUGAUACUGUUUACAGUAUAUAUAUAUAUACUUGAAAUGAUACGACGAGAAAAACACUCCACAUCCCCUCUUCCUUUUCCUCCAUCUAAUCCAACUAAUGUCAUCUUUCCCUGGCAUCUUCCCUUUUCCUCAUUCUUUUCCUCUUACUCCCCCCACAAUGGACACAAGCAAAACACUAGUAAUACUAGCCUGUGUUUGCUUCUAGCUGUCUAUUAAAAUGUAAAUAUGUGGAAUACAGUGUUGAACCUUUCUAUCUUCUUACCUUUUAUACUCCCUUCCUCUUUUUACUGCAUUGUUUUUCCUACUCCUUGUGAACGAGGUUACUAUAAACACCAUGGGAUGCAAAGAGAGUGCACAAUGCAUCAAUAUAACACGAUUGCAAGGGAGGACACCCCUUCUAUCUGCCCCUCCCCUCUCCUGGCUGCUUUUAUGUCCCUCCAUAGACAAAUUAAAAGCAUGUAUGUCAUGUGUUGCAACAGCAAUACAACAGAAAAUGUGCUGUGAUCUGGUAUGUCCUGAUAGUCGCAGUAAAAUGUGUUUAUUUUUAGUA